UUAGGCCGUUCGGCGCUGCCCCGCCUGAGAGAAACGGAGUGCGUGAAGAAAGAGGAGGAGGAGGUCGAACUAGCUUCAUCCACUAAAACAUGGCCGGCUUCUCAGCCUGGUUCUGGAACGAGAGAUUCUGGCUCCCUCACAAUGUCACUUGGGCCGACCUGAAGAACACGGAGGACACCGAAUACCCGCAAGCCGGCGACUUGCUCUUCGCCUUCCCGCUGGCGUUUGGCAUCUUCCUCGUCCGCCUGGCGUUUGAGAGGUUUAUUGCCAAACCAUGUGCCCUGAGCCUUCGAAUUCAAGCGAAUGGACCUCGCAGAGCACAGCCCAACGCUAUUCUAGAAAAAGUCUUUACAUCAAUUACUAAGUCUCCUGAUGAGAAAAGACUUGAAGGCCUGUCAAAGCAGCUCGACUGGGAUGUCCGCAAAAUUCAGCGCUGGUUUCGACAUCGAAGGAACCAAGAUAAACCCAGCACCCUCACAAAAUUCUGUGAGAGCAUGUGGAGACUUGUAUUUUAUUUCUAUAUAUUCUUCUAUGGAGUGAGAUUUCUAUGGAAGGCUCCCUGGUUCUGGGACACGCGACAUUGCUGGUAUAACUACCCCUAUCAGCAACUGGUAUUUGACAUGUAUUAUUAUUACAUAAUGGAAUUGUCAUUCUACUGGUCAUUGAUGUUUUCACAGUUUACAGAUAUUAAAAGAAAGGACUUUCUUAUCAUGUUUCUCCAUCAUCUUGCAACGGUUGGAUUGAUUACAUUUUCUUACUCCAACAAUAUGGUACGAGUUGGAACACUCGUCAUGUGCCUUCAUGACGCAUCUGAUUUCUUUUUAGAGGCUGCUAAAUUAGCCAAUUAUGCCAAGUAUCAAAGACUUUGCGACUCAUUAUUUGUGAUAUUUGGUUUUGUCUUCGUCAGUAGUAGACUUGGCAUUUACCCGCUCUGGAUUUUAAACACAACACUGUUUGAAAGUUGGGAGAUCAUUGGACCAUAUCCAUCCUGGUGGUUCUUCAAUUUGCUGUUGCUUAUACUACAGGUUCUACAUGGCAUUUGGUCAUACCUCAUUAUAUGCAUCGCAUAUAAAGCUAUCGUCAAGGGAAAGGUCUCAAAGGAUGAUCGCAGUGACAUUGAGAGCAGCUCCGAUGAUGACGAUUCCAUGAUUAACGGCACAAAACCCCAUCACCACAAUCCCUCCAAAGGAGCCAACAGCACGAAUGGGACCAAUGGCCACCUCACCACUGGAACAUGGGCUGGAGACCAUUAGUCUCCAUGAACUGUGGAAUGUGGGUUAGGCACAGACGGGACAGCCUCACGGAAAAUAACCAAGCACUGGACAGUUUUAUUUUUAAUUAAAAAAUAAACUGGGUGUUGCUGCAUGGGAUCUGAGACAGGCUGCCUGUUCAGUAACUUACACCUGCAAAGUAUACAGGCAUUUUUCCUUUAUUCUCGUUCAUUGUGCUUUAGCAAUAUGAGAAAUUGAGAUGCAGCUUUAAAUGGGAAUGGAUGGGGCUAGACUGAGGAUUCUAUAGACCCAUCUUAUUCCAUUUGACAACCUGCAGUGCUUUAAAUGGGUUUUGUGCAAUUUGUCGAAUUGCUAAAGGUGUAGUUUACAUUUCAGGCCUGUUAUUGUUGUUUCCUCAUCCUAUAUUUUGUAACGCGUUGGCGCAAAAAGAAAAAUCAAGCCGAGUGAGAGAGCCAGAAAACUGAUUUAAAACCGAGGAUUAUGUAAUCAAUCUUUGAUGCUGGUGGGGCUUCAAAGGGAGGAGCAAAGCAGGUCACUGCAGAUGGAAAGUGUAUUGUUGGGUUGGUGCUUGAAUUCUCUCCAUCUCUGCCAUGUUGGGUAUUUUUAUAUAAAGGAAUUGAGUAAUCUAUAAAUCCAAAGAAUCAGGAGUUAUGGGCAUGGGUCCAAAUUGUCAUUUUUGUAGUGUCAUUCCACUGUUGACCCAAGUGUUGAAGCACAGCUUUGUAUUAAAACACUAGGUUCUGGUG